AUGGAGUAUUUCCAUAGGCUCUUGCACCAGUUAAGCAAAGUCCCUAACUACAACUUUCAUGCUAAGUGUGAAAAGCUGCAGAUUAUUGAUCUUAGCUUUGCGGAUAAUGUUCUUCUAUUUACCCGUGGGGACAACAAAUCUGUUCAGUUACUUAUGGACCAAUUGCAAACGUUCUCCCAGCCCACUGGUUUGGUGGUUAACCCUGCUAAGUGUAGGGUGUACUUCGGGGGGGGGGGGGGGGGGGGGGUGAAUGUUGAGACCAAAAGCGACAUCUUGGCUUCUACGUCAUUUUUGGAAGGGGAUUUACCUUUUUGGUACCUGGGUGUUCCUCUCACUUGUAAACGGCUUGCAACGCAUCAUUAUAUGAGUUUGGUGGACAAAAUUGUAAGCCAGAUUCGUCAUUGGAGUUCCAAGUUACUGAGCUAUGCGGGAAGACUUCAGCUGAAUCAAUAG